CACAACUACAAAGGCCCAGCAAAAUACUUCUACCUGCCAUAGUAAUUUCGAUGCUUGUCAAAUAUCCAAACAAAAACACAUUUUCAAUCAAAAUGUUUACCUGUCUGCUGGGAUAAGUGCACAGAAAAGGAUGCGAUAGGUAUACACCGGUUCCAAUUAUUUUGGCGAAACAUGACUGAUUCAACUGAUAUCGUAAAGCUUUCGAAAGCCAUCGAAGGGAGCUGUUUCAUCGCACGACUCGAUUCCUCCUCUUCCGAUGAGGAAGGGUAUGUUUCUCCAUACUGUUGUUCAAGCGACGAUGACCACGACCAGCAUCAUCGCGCGUUGUUGGAUGAGUUACCGGUCUUCUCCACCCAGUCACUAUCACCAUCCGGUAGAUCCUUAUCGCCGAUCGAUACCGAAUCAUUCUCACCGCCACGCUAUUCCCAAAAUUCCUCUAUUUGUGAUAACAGUGCGUACAAUACACCCUUUGAGAGUCCGAGUCAACUGGGGAAGGAUUUCGUAACACUGGAGGAGAUACAUGCACGUAUCGGUGUGACGCCACCGGACUCCGAGCGAAGCCGAACGCGACUCAAUCUGGAGACGAUAUUUGAGGGCGAAUUUCUGGAAACGCCCCCAAAGAAAGAGUUUGAGAGUCGAGCGCACGACAAUUUGCUUCGGCGUUCGUUUCGGAAUCGGGUUCUAUUUAGCUCUGCAAUGGAAGUAGUACCGACGGAGAGCCCGAGCAAUCAUUUAGAUAAUAGUAACGAUAGGGUAGUGCUAGAUUAGAAUCCACUUGUAUUCCAUUUCGUCACAUCGAUUUAAUCUUUCAUUCCAAUGUGCCUUUCAUUGUCCAGAAUCGAUAGACUUUUAGGCUUUUAGGGAGAUUUUAUUUCGAAUAAAGAAAUACGUUCGAACCAUUUUUUGUUUAAA